GGUUCUUGAUGGUUCUUGGUCUGGUCGGUCUGGUCAUGAAGUAGUGUGAAGUACAUAUUUUCCAAGCUGUCAGCGAUUUUGCUGUAGGCUGGUGCCAGGCAAUCGUGUAUACAUCAAUGUUGCAAGAACUACAAUGCAUUUUUGCAAACCAUUUUUGUGAAACCUAUACCCAGUCAGAGUAAUGGCAAGCUCAGAGGAAAUCCUUUUUCAUCUCAGCGAGAAAAUAGACUUUAUGCAGGUGCACCUGGCAUCUGCCUCAUCAGCUACACGUCGCUCUCUGGAGUCGGGUCUGGAGCAGCUGCGGGCUGCUGGUGGACGUGUGACCAGUGGCGAGGCUUGGGAGGCAGCCCGCCAGCGCUGGCACCUCCUGGCUGCCGCUACUGCUGACCGCUGGCAGCAUGUGCGGGAGACAGCUGGCCAGUUUAACCUGCAAGAGUUUAUCGAGAAGGCCCGGUUCCUUGUGCUUACUGAUGUGAGCACGAUCCAUGUGGGUCUGCUGGGCGCCGGGUUCGGUGCUGGCCUGCUGGUCGGCUACCUGCUGGGACGGCGGCGGCGGGCGUCGCCCCUCGGCCGGCCCGCGCUCAUGCGGGCCGUGGUCUGCUGCGGCUACCAGGGGCUCGACGACGUGCUGCUGGUGGAGGACCAGCCGCGGCCCGAGAUCGUCACGCCGCACGAGGUGCUGGUGCGCGUGAAGGCGGCCGCCGUGGACCGGGUCGACCUGCGCAUCGCCUCCGGCUACGGCCGCACGCUCCGCCGCCAGACCAACAAGUACAACCCGCACGUGACUUCGGAGCUGCCGGUGGUGCUGGGCCGUGACUUGGCCGGAGUCGUGGACCAGGUGGGGCCAGAGGUCACGCUCUGGGAGGUCGGCGACCCCGUCUGGGCGGCCGUGCCUUUCUGGAGACCCGGCACGCUGGCCGAGUUCGUGGUGCUCGACGAGAAGGAGCUGUGCCGUAAGCCGGACGGCGUGACGUUCGAGCGGGCGGCGGCGCUGCCGUACUCGGCCACCGUCGCCUGGGACGCGCUGGUCACGCAGGCCGGCUUCGGACCGGAUGUCGCGCCCGACAAACGAGUGCUGGUGCACGCCGGCGCCAGCGGCGUGGGCUUGGUUGCGCUGCAGCUGAUCAAGACCUGGGGCGGUCACGUGACCACCACCGUGGCCACCCGACUGGUGCCGCUGGCCCGCAUGCUGGGCGCCGAUGACGUCAUCGAGUACGACACAGCCGACCUGGAGAAGGAGCUCUCGCUGCGAGACAAGUUCGACGUGGUGCUGAACACGGCCGGCCCGUCGCUGCAUGCCGCCUGCCUGCGCCACUGCGCCGACUCGGGCCUCGUGGUCACCACCGUGGAGGCGGCGCUGCCCUCCGACCGCUACGGCUUCGUGCUCGGCUCCCUGUACGCCCUCUGGGUGCGGCUGAGCCGCCUGGCCGGGCAGCUGCUGUUCCUGCCGGAGAGCUGGGGCACAGUGACGUUCUCGCCGGAGACGCUAGCUCAGCUGGGGGUGCUGGUGGACGCGCGCGAGCUGCAGGCCGUGGUCGAGCACACGUUCGACUGGCAGGAUGCCGACGCCGCGCUGCAGUACAUGGCCCGCGGCGAUGCUGUGGGCAAGCCGGUCGUCCGCUUCAGGCACACUGAUGCUCAGCCACGGCCGGCUACUCCGUUAUGACGCGGCAAGAAUACUCUGAUAGAAAAUGGUGCAAUUUGGUAGUGCCUGGCCCAUGAAAUGCUGUCGGAAUGCAGUGAGAACUAGUCCUUGCGAAGCGUAUGCCAUCAUGAACCUUUCCGGUGAUGAGUGCUUGUGAACUAUUUGGAUUUGUGAGUCAUUUUGCGGACCGACGCCCAUUGAGGCGUGCAUUUGUUGUCUACAACUAUACACAUUGAACUAGGGGCAUCAGGUCGUGGUGUUGGAUAGCGUCACUCCAUGUAUUGGACAGUGCCAAUCGUGCCUAUUGUUGUUUUGCCCCGAAUACAAUAAUCGCG